GGUCAUCGCACGUCUUACUGACAGAUUGUCAGGAGUUGUCAAUAGAGCUUAUGCAGUUUUAAUAUUUCCAAGAAAUGUGUGACGACUUUGAUCCAGCUUGUCUUCCAGAAGAAUUUGUAUCGGUUUCCAGACCUUCCAAGAUCAUAGAUAGACUAAUAGAAAAAAGGCGAAAACUCCAUGAAGAAGCGAUAGCUUGCAUGAGAAACAGAAUUAAAGAGAUCAACUUGGAAGUUGAUGAAGUGAUAAAAUGUAAAUCAGUCGUCUUCCAGCAGAGAUCUCAAGAGGCAGAAGAUGAUAUUACAGAAUGUUUGAAGCAAUUAAAGGGAAUAGAGGAUUUGGAUUUGGAUACUCUCAGACAGAAAGAAACUGCUUUCCCUGACUCAGUUAGCAGCAUCGAACAGGCCAAUCGCACACAGUUAUCAACCAUUGAAGCGUUUUAUGAGUUUUUGGUGAAGACCGAAAAGCACAGAACCGAAAAGAUUAAAGCUUUAAUGAAACAGACGUUACAAAAGCUUCAAGAUAUUGGAUAUCGACUUCCAUACAACAAUGAAGAGUAUUUUGGCAACGAAAUCAUAGAUCUGAAUAAAAUUACACUGAACAAUAUGCAAGCAUUUGAAGACUUAAAAAAAGAAUUAGAGAUAAGGGCUGUUCACGAUAUGCAGAUGAGGAGUGGGGAGAUACUUGCGGCCAAAGAGAUGGUGAAGAAAUGCCUGAGAAAGCAGCUCAGAAGGAGCGUUUCACGAUUUGCUGGUAUGAUCAAAUCCACCACGGCUAUAGGCAACCCAGAUAUUAGCCAGCAAAUAUCUACUAUACAAUCGUUCCAGAGUAUGAUGCAAGGCUCAGAAGGGAGUGAUAUGUCGGUACCAGUAACAGAAAAAGAUGUGGAAGAUUGGCUUCAACAGACCAGAGUCACCUUAGCUGCAUUAGAUCAAGGUGCAAAACAUCUAGUAAGCCUCUACAAGAAUAUAAUCGUGAUACUGUUCAAUAGAUUCUUCAGUGAAUUAGAUGACUUCAAAAAGGUGAUAAGAAGGCACUCAAUUUUAAACGAAAACGAAAUUGAGGAGUUCCAAAGUGAGAUCUACACACCUACCGUAGAUGAACUGGACAUCAGACUCAAGAGUGAUUUACAAAAGCUCCAGAUGGUUUGGGCGAAAACAAUUGACAAAAUGAAGGAAACAGUCGAAAAUACUUAUAAUUUUCUUAAGGGAGCAUCUUCGCUUUGGGACAAACAUUUUCGUAGGGUAAGAGAGGCGCAAUAUCUAGUGUUGCAGGAUGUAGAAAAUAUGACUGAAGUAAAUAAUCUCUCGAUUGGGGAAUAUGAAGCUAAACUGAAUAUCCUGAUAGACAAGUUGAGGCAAGGCCCUAAUGAAAAGAAACUAAAUAAGUUGGUAAACGAAGUGUACGGCAUUUUAGAUGGAAUAAAAAAUGCAUAUGUAGUUCAUUGCAACACUGAAAUCCAAGUUGUACAGAAGUAUAAAUCUAUGGUUGAAUGUGAGGUAGAGGUGUUGAUGGCAGAGAUAAGUAGGUUGUUAAUAAUUUAUCCACCCGACGAAGAUAGAGAUCCGAAGAAGCAACGUGGUAGAGGCAGCCAGACUGAAGUCACUAAAAUAGAUCCAGACGAAGCUUUGUUACCCAUGCAAAUGCUUUACUGUAUAUUUCAAGUGGAUGCAGUCAAAAACUGGAUGUUUGGUUUAUGGGAGGCAAUAAAUCAAUACAAAACCGUAGGCAAGAGCGAAAUUAUGGCGAUCACAGAGUCAUGGCUGGAUGGCCAGAUAUCCAAGAUAAGACAUCGUCUAUCUGUGAAACUUGCUUUCCACACACCUAGAUAUCUGAAGGUUGAAUUUAGCAUAUACCAGAAAAGAAAAAGGGAAUUAGAUGAGCACAACGGAAGAUUAGACCGCCAUAAAAAGGCUGCCGAAGCAAGAAUCAAAGCACUUAAAGAAGCUUCGGCUGAAAACGUAUUAAAGUAUGCAGGAAUCUGUGACAGCUUCAAAGAAGUUUGUCAAACCUUUCUAGAAAAUUCGCAGAAACAAACAUUUUCCAGUGCAAUAAGAAUGGCAUGCGCGACUCUGAAUCCAACUCUGGAGAAAUACCAAUUAGCACUAUCUAAACAGCUUAACGAACAUUUGAGGGAUGUUGACGAUUUCUGGGAUGAACUCACGGUGUCCGGAUACCUUUUUCUAGAAGCUAUCAAAUUAUUUCGCGAAGGCGGAAACUAUAGCCCUGAAGAAAUAACAACACUACAGAAAACAUUAAAAAAGCUCGAAACUACCGUCAAAAGACAGCUAGAUGGCAUCACCAACUCCGCUAAAAGUGCCAUCAAACCAUAUGCUGCCCAGCUUGAGAAAAGACAUGCUGAAGUUAUACUGACGGUUUCUGAAGUGAUAAAGGAAUUCGAGCACAACGAACAUACAGAGAGAUUGAUCAAUCGUACUCACCAGCGAAUUAAAGAUGAGAUGUAUAGGAUCAAAAUGAAACAACGGCAGAUAAACAUACAUUUAAAAAAGUUGGUGAAUGAAUUCGAAGUCAAUGUUGGUAAAUAUGGAUACUUGGACACUCUUAUGGAGAAGCUAGAUGGUAUCUUUGAUGGUUUCUAUGCCUUCUCCAAUAUCAUUGCUCAUCCGCAACCAAUUGUCUUAUAUUCAGCACAUGGAGAAACAAUCAGCGAAGCAAAGCAUUCUGGAGACUACUUGAAAUGUCUGUAUGACCAAGAGCCAUCUGAAGAAGAUAAUUUUCUUUCAAAAUUGAACCGCAUCCUGUAUGAUUCGCUUUCCGAGAUACAACGAUAUUCAAAGGUAACGUGUCAAUCAAUUCAUCAGGAAAAUUAUGUAAUAAUCGUCUCCUCUCAUCCAAGCGAUCCAUUCAAGUCCAAUAAUCAUCAUGUAACCAAGUCAGAUAAAAACAUGAGACAGAUGGACAGGAGGCAGCAGAUUUUUUCAAAGUGUAGAUCUCUCGAACUAUCGUAUGUCCUAAAAGUUUUGGAAAGAAAGAAAUUUAUUUAAACA